CACUAAAACCAUCAAUCUUUGCGAACCUCCUCGAGAAAAACUCAAUUGUGAUUCGUUCUCGUCCUCGGGUAUCUUCGAUAGUGUCUGCACCUUUCUUCGCUAUCUUUUUUCACCCCCUUUGUAUCAACCCUUAACCGAUGAGCUGCAAUUUCUAUCACACGAAUGAUUCUUCGAGGAUGUAAGACUAGUUGAAGGAGAAUUUGAAGCAGGAGAAGUCGCUGAUGUGACGGCAUAAAUUAUCACAGAGUGGUUCAGCUCUAUCCGAGGCUCUUUUCGAAAAGACACGCAAUCAACGACGUCGCAGUCAUCGUCCAAUAUAGAUCCUGGCCCCAGUACAGUCAUCCGUCAUCGUCGUUCGAAUUAAGGUACCCUCCCGUAUGCAAUCUACAUCUGCCUCGACGAAACGUGCCGCUCGAAACAACAUCGAGAAACAAUCAAAAUUUUUGCGGUGUCAUAUCGGUGACAACUGUAUGAAAUGAUCGACACCCACUGAGAGGAGAGAGAGCGAUUUUUUUUUCUCUACCGAAGAUACAGCGCUAGCGUAAUCAAAAUGGGAAUGUUCUCCGCGAUUCAAAAGCAACAAAUAUGUCUGCUGUUCUUCGUCCAAGUCGUCCUAAUUGUGCUAAUGGGAGUGUUGAUGACAUACGGCCCGGAGGCGAAUGUUAAUUUACGAAAAAAUCUCACAGAUAACAAUGGCCAGGACGUCAAGAAACCGGAAUCGUUGCAAAUUUAUCCGAUGUAUCAAGAUGUCCAUGUGAUGAUCUGGAUCGGCUUCGGUUUCCUGAUGACCUUCUUGAGGAGAUACGGACAGAGCGCCAUUGGACUAAGCUUCCUCAUGGGAGCCAUUUUGGUUCAAGUUGCCAUGAUCUGCGAGGGGGUCAUGCAUAUGGAAAAGGACAACAGAGCUUAUUUGUCUCUGAAGAGGUUUUCGAGCGACUACCUGCCGGUUAAUAACGCGGAUAUCGAUCAACCACGUGCAACCACUUUCAGCCUUCUAAGCGCAGACGUUGCAGUGGCCACCCCGUUGAUAUCCAUGGGUGCUAUGCUUGGUAAGACGACCUACAUUCAGCUCGUGUUCAUGGGGAUCCUGGAGCUGAUCAUGUUCACCGUGAACAAGUACGUGGGCGAGCAUGUACUGCAGGCUGUUGAUGCCGGCGAUAGCAUGUUCGUACAUGCUUUUGGAGCGUAUUUUGGUCUGGCUGUCAGUUUUGUGUUCGGGAUGAAGGAGAAACCGAAGGAACAUCAUCUGGAAGGGCCUUCUUACAACUCUGACAUAUUUGCGAUGAUUGGUACGGUGUUUCUGUGGCUGUUCUGGCCGUCGUUCAACAGCGCCGCCCUCGAAGGAGACGAUCAGCAAAGGGCCAUUAUAAACACCCUUCUGUCGAUCUGUUCGAGCUGUGUGAUCGCGUUCGCGACCUCCGCCCUGGUCUCGAAGGACAGCAAAUUCAACAUGGUGCACAUACAGAACUCGACGUUGGCCGGCGGCGUGGCCGUGGGCACCGCGGCAGGCUUGAUGUGUCAACCGGUCGGCGCUUUGGUCGUCGGCGCUCUGGCAGGACUACUCAGCGUGCUUGGGUACAAAUAUUUGACGCCACUGAUACAAAAGCGUCUGCGAAUCCACGACACGUGUGGCGUCCAUAAUCUCCACGGGAUGCCCGGCGUUCUCGGAGGUUUAUUCGGUGCUUUGAUGGCGGGCUUAGCCACGGAAGCGUCUUAUGAUUAUUCCCUUUACGAGAUCUUCCGUGCACGAGCGCCAAGCUCGGAAUCGAAGCUGGCGGAAAUGAGAGACAACAAUGGCGCGUUAAAGACUGGACAAGACAGAACUGCUGGACAACAGGCAGCGUACCAAUUGUUAGCACUAGCUAUCACUCUGGGCAUCUCUAUCGUCUCAGGAUUAAUUACAGGUUUAUUUAUGCGUAUGUCGGUUUGCGGUUCCAUAAGCGAGGAGCAGAAAUUUGAUGACGAAGUGCACUGGGAAUUAGAGGAGUCUUCGCACGAAUCCAAUGUGAAGGACGGAAACACCUGCGACGGAGAUCAAUUGCCUAUGGGACACAUUUGAAAACAUGAGAAAAUUCGUCCCAUAAUUUAUCACUCGAUAUCGCGUGCUAGAUGAAUAACGCUUAUACCUGAGAUUUAGUCCUGAUCCGCUGAUGGGUCCCGUGCUGAUUUUCGAUGGUUAAAUAUUAAUAUACUAGGUCUGUUUGAUUGAGGCGCUCCGAGCCUAACCUAACGAUGCUGAGCGAGCGAGUUUCGCGCUAAAGCAAAAAUAGUCAACCGUGCCAUCCGGUUGAAUUGGUUGAGUGGUGCAAGAGAAAUACGUGGACGAAAAAGUUGAAAAGUCAAGAAUAUAAGCGCGGGAAAAUUCAAUUUUGCAUUAAAAUCUACGGGGAUAUGGUUUUUCGGUGAUUAUUCCUCCGUGGCAUGCGUGGGCGGCGCGCAGGAGGAAUAUACACAAUAAUGAGUAUGCAAAAUCGUUAAUUAUUCACUUUCUAAGCACAAUCUAUGAAUUUUUAAGGUUAAAGAAUGUUCAGUGACUCCCUAGCUACUUUCUCAUAUCACGUAUGUUCACAUUUUUAUUGUAAAUAAUUAGUUAUUAAUUAAUAUCCAGCACGAAGUCGGCGGAAUACAUAGUACGCAUGAGAUAAUUUGAAAUAAUUAAUAACACAUUUUCU